UCGAAGUAGAAGUAUCAACUUCGAAAAAUAGAACUGUCAAAAGCUCCAUAUAUUUUUCUCGUAGUUUUUUCAUCAUUGUUAGCAACUGACAAGGAGUAAAACGUUGUACAAAUAUGUUGGUGAAACACAUUUUGAAGCAAGGCCUUUUAAUUAAAAAUGCUGGCGUUUUAUCGCGUGCUGCAUACCAUGGUGGCCACCAUCAACAUAGUACAUUGGACGAUCUGCCCGUGCCAGCUGGUGACUGGAAGGAAAACUAUGCCCGCCAGAACGCUAAGUACAAUGCUUGGUUAGCCGCUGGAGUUCUCUUCUUGGCUGGUACAAUUGGUUUUGUGAAGACAUCCGGUGUAAUUGAAUUGAACAACAAAGUCCCACAAUCCCUGGACUAAGCAGUUAUUUAGCCUAAUUCUAUGUGCUAUAUGAGCACUUAUAGAUGUAAAAUAUAAUAAGUGUAAAAUGAAUGGCAAGGAUUUCCCUUAAAAUAUAUUGACCAAAAUAAUAAAAAGUCAGUGAGGUGAAAAAUGUA